GGCAGCACCAGCGGCGCCAACGUUAGACAACAUGGCGGCGACGUCCUUGCCCUCGAGAGCCUUGGCGAAAAGGGAGGUCCAGAUAGACUCAACCUCGACGUUGGCAGCCUUCAAGAGGGUCUGGAGCUUGUCGGAGGUGAUCUCGACGUUGUCAUCGGUGAGGAUCAAGGCAGCGUACGAAGUAGCGAGCUCGGAUGCCAUUUUU